UCCCGGGGGCGAAAAAACGCCACCAACAUAGUUAUAAUGCUAUACAAGUUUUUUGCAGACGCAUAAUUUUCACCGCAAAGCCGAAAGAAAAGUGCAAAAAGGUGUUAAAAGAGCAGAAAAAGGACAGCUAAACAAAUCACACCGAGAUGAGCGAGUUCCAACAACAGGCGGGCAUUAAUCAUUCGCAGGCACUCGCGCAAGCAAUCCAGCGUGCCAAGCAGAUUGCGGCCAAGAUUCAACCUAGCCAGGGCGGCGCUACAGCGGGCCCCUCACCACCGUCCUCAGGCGGCGGAGCACCCAACUUCAAGCGGCACAACGACGACGGCGACAGCGGCCCCGAGUGCAAGCGCUCCUUCGGCAGUCCCGAGUACGGCAACAACAGCUCCAACAUGAGCAGCGGCAGCGGUGGAGGAGGAGGCGGUGGAGGGGGCGGUGGAGGGGGAGGCGGUGGUCCCGGCGGCGCCAGCAUCACCCAGGCCAUUGCCCAGGCGGCUGCUGUGGCCGCCCGCUUGGCCGCCUCGGCGGGCACUAGCUGCGAGGAGCAGCUUCGACUGCCCGACUCCGUGGCCGGCGCCUUUAUGGGCCGCUCCAGCAACGACACCAUCACCCACAUCCAGGCAGAGUCCGGUGUGAAGGUGCAGGUCAUGCAGGAUCAGGAUCGCGUGAUCAUGCUGCGCGGCCAGCGGGAUACGGUGACCAAGGGUCGCGAAAUGAUCCAGAGCAUGGCCAAUCGGGCUGGCGGCGGCCAGGUGGAGGUGCUGCUGACCAUCAAUAUGCCGCCACCGGGUCCCAGCGGCUAUCCGCCGUACCAGGAGAUCAUGAUACCGGGCGCCAAGGUGGGCCUGGUCAUUGGCAAGGGCGGCGAUACGAUUAAACAGCUGCAGGAGAAGACCGGCGCCAAGAUGAUCAUCAUCCAGGAUGGUCCCAACCAGGAGCUGAUCAAGCCGCUGCGCAUUUCCGGCGAGGCGCAGAAGAUCGAGCACGCCAAGCAGAUGGUGCUCGACCUGAUUGCCCAGAAGGAUGCUCAGUCGCAGCAGCAGGGCGGUCGAGGAGGCGGCGGCGGCGGCGGUGGAGGAGGUGGCGGCGGCGGUGGUCCGGGCAUGGGAUUCAAUAACUUCAACAACGGCAACGGCGGUGAGAGCGUCGAGGUCUUUGUGCCCAAAAUCGCGGUGGGCGUGGUCAUCGGCAAGGGCGGCGACAUGAUCCGAAAGAUCCAAACCGAAUGCGGCUGCAAGCUGCAGUUCAUCCAGGGAAAGAACGACGAGAUGGGCGAUCGGAGGUGCGUCAUCCAGGGCACUCGGCAGCAGGUCGAGGAUGCCAAGCGAACAAUUGAUGGACUGAUUGAGAAUGUAAUGCAACGCAACGGCAUGAACCGAAACGGCAACGGAGGAGGCGGCGGUGGAGGCAGCCAAGGCGGUGACUCCGGCAACUCGAACUACGGCUAUGGAUACGGCGUUAAUCACGCUCAAGGAGGACGGGAGGAAAUCACAUUCCUAGUGCCCGCUUCCAAGUGUGGAAUUGUAAUUGGUCGCGGUGGUGAGACCAUUAAGCUGAUCAACCAGCAGUCUGGAGCCCACACCGAAAUGGAUCGCAAUGCCAGCAAUCCGCCCAAUGAGAAGCUCUUCAAAUCCAAGGGCACCACCGAUCAGGUGGAGGCAGCCCGCCAAAUGAUCUCCGAGAAGAUAAACAUGGAGCUGAACAUCAUUUCCCGCAAGCCCAUCGGCGGCGGUGGAGGUGGUGGUGGCUCCGGCGGCGGUGGUGGUGGAGGCGGAAAUUCUGGCGGUGGCCAAAACAACUCGCACCACAGUCAGCAGCAGGGCGGCUAUGGCGGCCAGAAUCAAAUGCAGGGCGGUGAUCCCAAUUCGGGAGCGGGCUACCAGCAGCAACAGCAGCCGUGGGGCGGACCCUACGGCCAGCAGGGUUGGGAUCCGUCCGGUCAGCAGCAACAACAGCAGCAGCAAAUGGCCAUGGCCAAUCAGGGAGGCGGCGCUGCGGCGGGAGGAGCAGCCGCUGGUCAAGAUUACUCGGCACAGUGGAUAGAGUACUACAAACAAAUGGGAUGCCAUCGAGAGGCCGAAAUGAUUGAGCAGCAAAUGAAGGCCAAGCAGGGAGGCGGCUCCUCAGGUCCUGGCCAGCCGCAACAGCAGCAGCAAUCCCAGCAGCAGCAGCCACAGCAGCAACAAUCCCAACAGCAGCAGGGAGGCGCCGGUGGUGCCGGAGGAGCCGACUAUAGUGCACAGUGGGCGGAGUACUAUCGCAGCGUGGGCAAGAUCGAAGAAGCCGAGGCCAUCGAAAAGACUUUAAAAAACAAGCCACAGAAUGGAGCAUCGGGUGGCCAGAAUAACGCUAGCAAUCCCAGCCAGGGCGGUCCCAAUCCCGGCCAGCAGCCCAAUCCCGCGGCGGCGGCGGCUGCAGCAGCUGCUGCUGCAGCGGCAGCCGGCGGUUAUGGCCAAAGCAUGACGCCCAGCCAGUACGCACAGUAUUCGCAGUAUUAUGCGGCGGCGGCUGCAGCUGGCGGUCAGCCACAAGGAGCGCCUCAGCCUGGCGGCGGACAGGGCGGUGGUCCGCCGGCUGGCUAUCCGGGCGGCUAUCCAGGAGCAGGAGGCUACGGCGGUUAUCCUGGUGCGCCGGGACAGCAGAAAUCGCACAAAAACGACAAACACUGAGGACGCUCGGACGGAUCGGGAUCGGGAGCGGGGAGGAGAUGUAUGUGGGAGUGGAAGCGAACACCGAAGUGGAAGAUGCUGCGGUCGGAGGACGAUGCAGGUGCCUUGCAUGGGUGAUCUAUUGUUCUACUAUGUCCUAUGUCUUUUAUCCCCCACAAUACUAGCAAAUCAGAACAGAAAUGCAAGGGCAAAUGAUUUUUAAUUGCAAUAACAGCAGCAUCAACAACAACAGCAGCGGACAGACAACACACGGCAGAAUGGAGGCGAAGAUCAGACGAGGACCCAGAUCACUCAGCCAAUCAAUCAAUCGGGGAGUGAAACAUUGAACG